AUGGACCAAGUGUGCAUUCCUUCGGGCUCUGGUGAUGUAGAGAAAGGAUUUUGUGUGAAAAACAUCCCUUUAGGUUUUAAGGAAUGGGAGCUAUUUCACAUUUUCCGCAAGUAUGGGAUUGUACACAAUGUGAAGAUACCAACGAAGCAAAACUACCCGAACAGCAAAUACGGUUUUGUUGUUAUGGAAGACUUCAAUGGCGCCGAUCAAGUCCGCUACCAGCUCAAGAAUGGAAGGUUCCUAGCCUUAGAAAACGGUGUGCAACUUCAGGUGUCCAGCGUUCACCACGGUGAGCAACAGCGCGACCGUUCGGAUGCUACGGAAAUUGGAACUCGGGUUCCCUUCAAAGACUUGCAGUGCUCCGUUCCAUCAGCUUGCAACAAAAGAAACGGUUCUGACAAAAAUACAGGGCAAAAGACGCAUCAGUCAUCAAUCUCUGUAAGAUGCUUCUCACAGGAUCUUCCUCUUCAAAUUCCCGUGAAAGUUCGCGUCGUAGAUUCACCGUUUCCUUGUAAAUCUUCUGAAGAGGAUUUCGUUUUCCAUGUAAUCCCGAUUGAUCAGAAAUUAAGUGACGAGUACAUUGCCUUACAACGUGAAAUGAACAAAUACUGCCAGAUGAAUCCUAAUCUUCAAGAGUUACCGAAGAUCGGUGAAUACGCACUAUAUGGAAGAACGGCAAUCGCGUAUCGAGCAUUGUGCAACAGUGAAAAGACUAUGUACCUCGUAGAUACAGGAGAAACUGUACCGAUCAAUCUCUCACUGUUGUGGGAGAUUUCACCGUUCUUUGCUAGGCUUCCUAGUUUGGUUAUUCCUUGCGGCAUUGCGGGUAUUACCUGGAAAAACCCAUCUGUAGCUAUGUUCAACAAAUGCAGAAAUGCGCUUAGUCAAUGGUCUAGAUCUUAUCCAGCUGGUCUCAGGGCGACAGCAUGCGGGUUCUCAAGACUGAGAAAUUUAGUUGAUUUAGUUGCAGUUUCUGGUGACGUUGUAGAUGACUUCGCUACGUGCAUCGCAGCGAAAGGAAUGUGUACACAGCUGUCACAAAAACGUUUUGCUUACUCUCGAGAAAGUGUUCUGGACGCGAAGAACUUUCUUAAGGACAAGGACAUCUCACCAUCGAUCAACUACAGUGAAAAUAUCGCAGAGAUCAUCAGUGGCGUGCAGACAGUGGCUGUGGCUUGA